GGCUGACCUGCUUUAACUCACGGAGGUGUGUCUGAGCCCAAGAGCCAAGGCAGCGCUGACGAAUCCCGCCUACAAGAUCCCUGAAUGAAGAGCAGCAGCCCAAGGCAGCCCGAGACUGUUCCAGCUGGGGACGACCUCGAGUCCUGUCCCUUCCCCGCGACCACCCCGGGUUCCACCCCCUCGAGCCCAGCACUCUCGCUUGGAGAAUGUCUAUCUCGUGGUAGCUCAGAGACGAUGGAUGAAGACCUGGUGGGCGCUGAUGCCUCCCCAGAGAAACGCUACUUCCCUGACUCCCUGGGCUCCAGCGAUGGGGGUGAAGAUGGGGUGCUGGCCUGCGAGGACCUGGAGCUCAACCCUUUUGAUGGGCUGCCCUACUCGUCCCGCUACUACAAACUGCUGAAGGAGCGGGAGGCGCUGCCCAUCUGGAAGGAGAAAUACUCCUUCAUGGAGAGCCUGCUGCAGAGCCAGGUCGUCCUGGUCUCCGGAGACGCCAAAUGUGGCAAGAGCUCUCAGAUCCCUCAGUGGUGUGCCGAGUACUGUUUGUCAGUCCACUACCAGCACGGCGGGGUGGCCUGCACGCAGGUUCACAAGCAGACAGCUGUCCAGCUGGCCCUACGGGUCGCCGACGAGAUGGAUGUGAACAUUGGGCACGAGGUUGGCUACGUGAUCCCCUUUGAGAACUGCUGUACCAGUGAGACCAUCCUGAGGUACUGCUCGGAUGACAUGCUACAGCGGGAGAUGAUGUCCAGCCCUUUCCUAGCUAGCUAUGGCGUCAUCAUUCUGGACGAUGCCCACGAGCGGAGCAUCGCCACCGACGUGCUGCUGGGGCUGCUCAAGGACGUGCUACUGGCCCGGCCCGAGCUCAAGCUGGUUGUCUGCUCCUCUCCACAUCUGGCUAGCCGGCUGCACACCUACUAUGGCGAUGCACCGCUCCUGGAGGUGAGGCACAUGUGCCCCGUCGAGGUGGUGCACUUGGGUGGCAGUGCUGACGGUGACUCCUUCCAGCAUGUCCUGCACCUCAUCUUUGACAUCCACCGCUCGGGAGACAAGGGCGAUAUCGUGGUCUUCCUGGCAGGGGAGCAGGAUAUUGAAAAGGCCUAUGAACUCCUCUGCCAAGAAGGCUCGAAUCUGAACCCAGACCUCGGUGAGCUGCUGGUGGUGCCCUUGUUUCCGGGGGAGAAGAGUCCAGUGUUCCGGCCGCCCGAGGAGUCUGAGAGGGGCAGCCGGGCCAACCUGCGCCGGGUGGUGCUCACGGCCAGUGCGGGCGAGACACUCAUCUGCAGCCACACAGUUCGCUUCGUCAUCGAUGUGGGCCUGGAGAGGAGGAAGGUAUACAACCCUCGGAUCCGGGCCGACUCACUCGUCCUGCAGCCAGUCAGCCAGAGCCAGGCCGACAUCCGCAAACAGAUCCUCGGCGCCUCGAGUUCAGGCAAACUCUUCUGUCUUUACUCGGAAGAGUUCGCUGCCAAGGCCAUGAGGCCCCUGAGGCCCGCUGAGAUGCAGGAGUCUAACCUUACUGGCCUGGUGCUAUUCCUGAAGAGAGUGGACAUUGCUGGCCUUGGCCACUGUGACUUCAUGAACAGACCAGCUCCCGAGAGUCUGAUGCAAGCUCUGGAGGACCUGGACUACCUGGCUGCACUGGAUAACGAUGGCAACUUGUCAGAGUUUGGGAUCAUCAUGUCUGAGUUCCCGCUCGACCCGCAGCUCUCCAAGGCCAUCCUGGCAUCCUGCGAGUUCAACUGCGUGGACGAGAUGCUCACUGUUGCUGCCAUGGUCACAGCCCCACCCUGCUUUUUGGACCUGCCGCCAGAAGCAGAUGGAGGCCCCUCACCCGGCUGGAAGUCGUUCCUACACCCUGAUGGGGACCACUUCACCCUCAUCAACGUCUUCAAGGCCUACCAGGAUGCUCUGCUAGCAUCCAGCAGUGAGCACAGUCUGGAGAAAUGGUGCCAUGAGCACCUGCUUAGCAGCUCAGCGUUGAGCACAGCGGCCGCCAUCCGGGCUGAGCUGGUGGACAUUGUCCGGCGCAUUGAGCUUCCCUACGCCGAGCCAGCCUUUGGCUCCACUGAGAACACCCUGAACCUCAAGAAAGCGCUCGUGUCCGGCUUCUUCAUGCAGAUUGCGCGGGACGUGGACGGCUCUGGUAACUACCUGAUGCUGGCGCAGAAGCAGGUGGCCCAACUGCACCCCGUAUCAGGCUACUCGGUAACUGGGAAGACACCUGAAUGGGUCCUCUUCCACAAGUUCAGCAUCUCCGAUAACAAUUACAUCCGGGUCACCUCAGAGAUCUCCCCAGAAUUGUUUGUCCAGCUGGCCCCACAGUACUACUUCAGCAACCUGCCGGCCAGUGAGAGCAAGGAUAUCCUCCAGCGUCUCAUGGACCAUUUGACCCUGGCGCCCUCUGGGAAAACGCCUGGUGCAUGCGAGACGGGGAGCCCUGACACUCCUGAGCAGAGGUGUUUGGUGCAGUGACCCAUGCGCCCUCCCAGAACAGCCCCAGAAAACUAACUUUGUAUAGUAUUUAAAAAUAAAAAAUAGAAAUUUU